AUGACAACAAAGGGGGUGACCAAUGCUGCGGUGUCGACUCAUCAGGUCCUGGAGAAGCGCAAGCAUGACCAAGCGUUUGGAACGGCUGCAGUGCAGGAACAGCUAAGUGAUAAAGACACCUCGGAUUGUAAAGGCGCAUCUCAUUCGAUGAUGACGCAGACACACUGGCAGCUACAAGUUUGGAAAAUUAUUCGGUGCAACGGUCGAAUGGUAAACGCCAAGAAGACACUCGACAUCGUAGAUGAUGACGACGAGGAUGCUGAGUGGCAGCGAGGCAUUGGUGUUCUUUCUCAAGUCUUCACAAAGUGGAAUAGCGCAAGAGUGAGUGUCGAGCGAGACGGCUUGGGGGGUGAAUGUGCUGCAUUCGGGGCUUGCAUGGUAUCGAGCAAGGCGGACGCAUUGACAAUCGGUGUUUAUGACAAUGGACACUGUUUCCGAAGUCAAACUAUGGUGGGUAGCGAGACGGAAGGAACCAUCGACCUUUUCGAGACAAAGACCCAUAUGGCAGGCAAAUGCGGCAAACUUGGCGACACGAAGGUGUCAUAA